AUGAGCCAGGAAGCAGGCAGCAAGCAGGCCUACGGCGGCCCGUCGCCUUCACAGCCCGCGGCCAAGAGCAAGAAGCAGCCCAGGAUGCCCAAGUGCUCCCGGUGCCGGAACCACGGCUACGUGUCUCCUCUGAAGGGCCACAAGCGCUUCUGCAAAUGGCGGGACUGCCAGUGCGCCAAGUGUAAACUCAUCGCCGAGCGGCAGAGAGUGAUGGCGGCCCAGGUGGCCCUGCGGCGGCAGCAGGCCCAGGAUGAGGAGCUGGGCAUCUUUUGCCCCGUGACUCUGCCCAGUCCUGAUGUAGAGGUGAAGAACGAAGCCACCGGAAGCUGCCUGUAUCCUGUGGAGGGGCGCUCCCAGAGCACCAGCAGUGCCCCUGGUUCCUCUGCUUUGGUUACGGGUGGGGUAUCACAUGGGAUUCGCUCCUCCAGCCCUCUGGCCAGCAGCAGGGGCCCGACCGAAGGACCGGCAGACCUGCUAUUGGACGCGCCCUACUACAAUUUUUACCAGCCCAACCACUACCCUGCCUACUACAGUAAACUGUACAACUACCAGCAGUACCAGAUGCCAAAUGGCGAUGGCCGCCUGUCCAGCCACAACACGUCCUCCCAGUACCACAUGCACUCUUACUACUCAGCGGCCUCCUACCUGAGGCAGGGCCUGGGCACCCCUGCCAGCAUGCCACCCAUCCUCACCCUGGACGACAACACCUGCUCUGACACCAGAGCAGCCUUCUUCCCUCCCAGCGGGAGCUCUGGUGGCCAGGACUCAGCCCUGGUCGGCUUUUCCAUCGGUUCCCUGGUCAGCCCCGAGGACAAGCCCGACUGUGAGGCCAGCGGUGAGUCGGCCAGCUUCAACAUCGGCUCCAUCAUCGAGAACGGCACCAAGUAA